AUGGAUUAUCUGCACGACAAUAAUACCAGGCUUCUGUCGUCGACGCGCCAUUACCGGCGUGAACCCUUUGAGAUGCGACCCCCCGGGGAACACUUAACCGCACAGAGCACGCCUGUAGACCUAGAGCAGUCGCGCCUCCGCAGUGAAGCCUCUCGGGACAUGACCGCGGCCUCGUCCCCCAGCGAUCGCAAUCAAGAACUCGAAGCUGCAGUGUGUCGCGUCCAAGGUUCCUUAGCCUCAUGUUUUGUCGAACCAUACUCCUGGGUGCGAUUCAAGCUGACACCUGCUACCUACCGUCAACUCGUGGAAUUCUUCUCGGACAACAAGUCUUUUGAUACCCUACGGAAGUUUUACUCUUUCUUCGAACAAGAGUUUGCGAUGGGCCUCGAAACACGUCUCCAUGCGGUAUUCAGCCAGAUGAUCGCGAUUGAAAUACUUAACCAGCUGCGCGCAUCUCAACACCCCUUCAUUCACGAGUUUGUCAAGAACAUUGAGAGUACCGCUUCCGCCGCAAAUACGCUGUCAUUCCACGGAUACGCCGAGAUGGCCACCGAGAAGGAUCCAAAAGGGGACGCUAAAAAGGAGCUUGAAUGCAAUAAGGGGCCUGAUAGUUCUCUACACCACGAAUCCGCCAGAUUUCCGGGUAUCGUUAUCGAGGUCGCGCACUCACAGCGAAAGGAAGACCUUCCCAUCCUUGCAGAAGAAUAUAUCGUGGGUAGCAAGGGCAGUAUCCGUUGUGUUAUUGGCUUCAAAUUUCCAUACCCAACAGGGAAACAGGCUACGGUAUCAGUGUGGCGAUCAAAGUUCACUCCCUCAGGAACAGGGAAGGUGAAAUUAGCCGUUGAGCAAAUAGUGAAAGAAGAGGUUUUCUGCGACAAGAAUGGUGUCCCAAAUACCGAUUUCUCAGGACUCUGUCUCUCCCUUGAGUAUCUCGCACCAACUAGGGCGAUAGCUGAACAGAUCAAUGAUCUACCUGGGCACCUCACCAAGGUUCAGAUCACACCAUCACAGCUCUGUACAUAUUUCGAACGGGCACUGAGGCAUCAAAACAGCAGUGAGCAGGGUGUUGAUUUUGUCGACGACGAAGUUGAACUGCCACAGCUACAGCAUCCUCGAUAUCCUUCCCCGGAAGAAGUUUCUGGCGCGCGGUUGAGACAAUUCGAGGAAGAGGAGAAGAGGGAAGAACUGCGACAGGAACAGGAGGAUUCAGAGUACAGGGAGGACUAG